AACCGCAAUCGCAAAUUCGCAAUCUCGCAAUCCCAAACCUAGACGAGAGCUUGAACAGCAGAGCACGCGCAGCAGCAGCGAUGUACUGCUCGGCGGCGGACGAGCGGGUGUACUGCACGGACUGCCACCGCGCGACGGAGGUGGUGCUCGACCACGGCACCGGCGACACCAUCUGCACCGACUGCGGCAUGGUCCUGGACGAGCACUACAUCGACGAGGGACAGGAGUGGCGCGUCUUCGGCGACGACAGCGCUGGCGGCGAGGACCGCGACCCCUGCCGCGUCGGCUCGGCCGGCGACCCCUUCCUCCGCGGCGACGGCCUGCUCUCCACUUGCAUCGUCCACUCGGCCAAGUCCAAGUCAAGGUCCAGGUCCGGGUCCGACCCAGCCGCCGCCCUGCACCUGCCCAGGAUGAUGCUCGACGUCGGCGGCCCGGCCCCCGACACGGCGCUCGUCGACGCGUUCCGCGGCAUCGCCGACAUGGCGGACCGGCUGGGGCUCGUGGCCACCAUCCGGGACUCGGCCAAGCAGACGUUCAAGCGGCUCGAAGAGGCCAAGGGGUGCCCGCGCGGCGCCCGGAGCCGCGACGCCGUCUACGCCGCCUGCCUCUACGUCGCCUGCCGCAAGGAAGGCAUGCCUCGGACGUACAAGGAGCUGGCCUCCGUCACGGCGCAGGGGGCGGCGGCGCGCAAGGACAUUGGCAAGAUGACGACACACAUCAAGAAGCUGCUCGGGGAGGAGGACGGCCAGGUGCUCGACAUCGGCGUCGUGCGCGCCACCAGCUACCUGCGCCGCUUCUGCUCCAUCCUCGGCCUCGGCAACCAGCAGAUGCUCGCCGCCCAGGAGGCCGUGAGCAGGCUCGAGAUGGAGCUCGACGUGCGCCGCAACCCCGAGUCCAUCGCCGCCGCCAUCAUCUACAUGGUCGUGCAGCGCGCCGGCGCCCGCAGGUCCGUCAAGGACGUGUCCGCCGCCACCGGCGUCGCCGAGGGCACCAUCAAGGAGGCGCACAAGGACCUCGUCCCGCACACGGAGUUGCUUUUCGCUGAGCGCCCGCCGCGCGGUUCUUCCGCGCGCCCUGCUCCUGCUGCAGGCCAUUAACGCUUUCAUUGAUGCUUGGCCUUGGCACACGCAGGACCCGUUCUUGAUCCUUGGCACAUGCGUGUUUGCCAUGUCCCGUACGUGUGUGCUUGGCAACUAUAUGUCUUAGACAUGCUAAGUUUAUGUUGGACUCAUCCGUUUCUAAGUGCCGAUCAUUCGUGAAUCCGUGCUUCAUUCGUUGGUCCCAAACUCAUGAACUGAGGUCUGAGAGGUGGUUUGCUAAGUACGACUCGUAUGAUUGAUCACGGGAA